UAUAUAACAAAUAAUUUGAGUAUAGCAAUGAACACGGUGUUGCGAAGUAUGUGCAGAGCUAGCGGUCUUGCUAACAAACUCUGUAGACUGCCUAAAUCUAACGUUCCUAAUCUGAUUCCUUCCACUCUGAGGCAUUCAGUCGCUACAAUUCCUCAAGUCAGACACAUGUCUAAUGAUUCCACCCUAAUGUCAGCACUAAACAACGAGAUCCUACACGAGGAAGGUGCUGUGAGUUACGAUUCAGCACCCAGCGCAGAACCCUCCGACUUCACUAGGUCUGUCAACGGUGCCACCAUCAUCCUCCAGAAACAAUACAACAAUGAGACUAUCCGGGUUGAGUUGGAUUUAAACAAUAAUACUGAGUUGGCCCCAGCUGAAGAUGACCCUGAAGAAAACCCACCCCAAUACUUACCUUCCUUCAAGAUAGAAAUAUCUAAACCUCAGGGUAAACUGGUCUUCAGUUGCAACUAUCACAUGACAACGGAGGAACAGAACCUGGAUCAGUUUGUGAUUAGUGAGGUGGCUUUUGCAGGACCUGGCGAGGAUGACCAUGUGGCUUUCACCACUGACUUUGGAAACCUUGAUUACGUUUUGAUAGAAGAGUUCGAGAAUUAUCUGACAAGACGAGGUCUUGAUGCGGAAUUUUCGAGCACUCUCUUUGAGAUGUCUGCAGCCUUUGAACACCACAACUACGUGAACUUCCUAAAGAAUGUUCGAGAUUUUGUUAAUUAGUUUAAUAGGAAAAUGGUGGAACUUUACAUAGUUUUAAAUUUUCUACUUAAUUUAUUUAUACAGAGCGAACGAGAUUGCUGGAUUAUUAUGGUGAGAGUGAAGAAAUGAUGAAGCAUCCGUUAGUUGUUGCGAUAGGUUGGAUAUCGUUUUAGAUAAAUGUGUCUUUCAAAGAUGAAAGCAGUGAAUUGGGCCAAACCCGCAAGUCGUGAUCCUUUUAUUGAUUUUGUUACUUUUGAGAAUCAGGGUUGAUAAUUUAUUCGUGGUGUUUUGUGCAUCUCUUAUAUAAA